UCGUUCAUAACUUUAUUUCUUCGUCUGGUUUUGAACUUGAUCUCGUAGUCCGAAAUGCACUAAUUGAUAUGUAUGGGAGCUGCAGGGACUUGAAAACUGCUCGUGAUAUAUUUGGUCAGCUUGUACCAUAUGAAGACGCUGUUUCGUGGAACUCAAUGAUAGCAGCCUGUGCUGAAUCCGGACAGCAUAACGAGGCCAUACUACUCUUCUACCAAAUGCAACUCCAGGGGAAAAGGACUUCCGCAUCUCAACAACAUUCAUGAACUCGUGCAAGCCGUUGGGCUUCAUGUGAAUCCGGAAGUAGAAGGCUGCUUGUUUCGGAUGUUCGCGAGCUGCGGAUUUCUGGACGACGCUGCCAAAAGCUGUCCGAAUAUUUCCCAGCGGGAUGUUUCUAGUUGGAACACGUUGCUGGGAGCGCUUAUAGAGCGCGGACAAGUUGGAGUAGCCAUCCAGAGAUUUCAAGAGAUGCAGCUCAACGGUGGCAAACCAAACACUUGGACGCGCUAUCCACUGCUGGAUUUGCGACUGCUGUGGACACUUGGAGGAUGAGCUUGUUCGUGCUUCAAUCAUCCGGAUGUACGGGAAAUGUGGAGCUGUCGAAGAUGCUCAAGCAGUUUUUCGGGCCGGAGAGGAAACAUUCGUGUCGUGGAACGCACUUGUUGCAGCGUUCGCAGACAGUGGGAUGGCUGAGAAGUCAUUGCGUUCUCUUCACUCGACGCAGCUGGAGGGGUUUCAGGCGGAUGAAAUAACACUUGCGAGCAUCCUUAACGCCUGCGAGAGUCCGCAGGAUCUAAAGUUCGGGAGGAAGGUUCACAAACAGGUGGUUGGAAGUGGCUGGGAAUCAGGCACAGUGCUGGGUACUGCAGUGAUCAGCAUGUAUGGAAGGUGUGGAAGUGUAGAAGACGCUUUUCGGGCUUUCAACACGGUGGCCGAGAAGGACCUCGUGGCAAUGAACGCGAUUAUCACCGCGUGUAUCCAGCACAACGAGUUUGGAGAAGCUCUCAACUUGUUCCGGAUGAUGCAGCUAGAAGGGAUGAAGCCGAGCAAGGCCACGUUCGUUUCGGUGCUCAACGCCUGCUCUUCGCCGAGGGAUGCAAACCUUGUUCUAAGUUGCAUCCUGGAGACAACGUCACUGGGAUCACACGAGUCAGAAGCAGAUCUUCUUCUCGGAAAUGCUGUCAUCACAAUGCACGGGAGGUGUGGAGACUUCGUGGCUGCUCAACAGGCUUUCAACUCAAUGGCCGUGAGGGACGUGAUCUCCUGGAACGCUCUCAUGGUGGCAGCCGAGAAAGGUGACGAGGUGCUCGAGAUCUUCCACCGGAUGCAGCUGGAAGGCUUUCGUCCCAACAAGAUUAGCUUCGUCAGCUUCCUCACUGCUGCAUCUUCGAACUCCUCCGGCUCGAUUAUCUCCAGUGCUCAGAGCUGCAAGGCGAUCCAAGCACUGGCAGUCCAGGCGCAGGUUUUCCGAGACGACGUUAUCAAGCACGGCUUCAUCAACCUCUACGCGAAGGUCGGCAACCUCAACCAGGCCGACCAAGUGUUCCAGGACAUCUCACGCCGGGACGUGGUAUCCUGGAACUCGAUCAUCGCAGCGUACGCUCGCAACGCCACCGCUGGGCAGGCGCUGGAGCUGUUCCUCGAGAUGCAGCUGCAAGGGAUCGCUCCGGACGGGAUAACUUUCGUGAGCAUCCUCUCGGCGUGCAGCCACUCGGGCCAGGCGGCGAGCGCUGUCUUUUACUUCUCGUCCAUGGCGAUCGACUAUGGAGUUCCAGCGGGACCGGAGCACCAGGGGUGCUUGGUUGAUCUCUUUAGUCGCUCGGGGCGAUUGAGCAUCGCGGAGGAGCUCUCGGAGAGUAGUAGCGGCGGUGGUGGCGGUGGUGGCGGUGGUGGCUUCCAGUGGAUGAUGGUGCUGGGAGGAUGCCAGGUCCAGAACGAUGCUCGGCGGGGCGUGGCGGUGGCGGAGCGUGUCAUGGAGAUAGAGCGGAGCUGCGGUGCUGGUCAUGUGGUUCUAUCGAAUCUCUUACGUGCGCCAACUUGUUUAAAUUAAAAGACAGGUCAGGCGUUUACUGACAUGGUUGGGCCACGUCAACUAUAAGCAGCCACGUCAUUAUUCCACCAUAUUUAAAACUACUUCCAACCCCUUGCUGGUCUAAACUAGCGAGAAUUUUUGGAGACCUGCUCUACAAAUCUUAAAACAAAGAAGCAAUGUCUGUUAA